GCGCAGUCGCCAGGUGAGCCAACGACGACGUGCGCGUUACUGCGACGACGUUCGGGGUUGGCCAGUAGUGUUUCACCAAAAACCUUUCCUACUCGAAUUUAUUCCUCUCUCUCUCUCUCUUUCUCUCUUUUUCUUUUUCUUCUCUCUCUCUCUCUCUCUCUUUCGGUCUUCGUUGUCGUCGUCGUCGUCGUCGUCGUCGCUGCCACCGUCGCCGUCGUCGCCGCCGUCAUCGAAUUGCCGCUCGCCAUCAUGUUGCCGCUCGUUCGCUUACUCUCUUUCGUUAAAUAAAAAAAGAGAGAGGGAAUUAAAAAUACACGCACACGUAUAUUUCCCGUAUAGGAAGAGCCGAAGGAGGAGAAAUUUUGUUACCUUGAUAAGUACUGAAAAGUGUGUGUUGACACAAGUUGUGAAGGGUGCACGCGCUAUUACGAAUUGACCACUCGUAUUUGUCUUCCUCGUUUUUCUUUCUUUCGAUUGUUUUUCAUUAGUAUAUAUUUUCCCGAGUUAUAUCGUAAUUUUCAAUUGGAAAGCUGAAGGAGGCAAGAAGAGAAUGGACAUGUCGUGGUUGCUGUUGGAUAUCGAGUACCUGUGAAAGGAUCGAGGAGAGGAAACCCGGUUCGUCGUCGUCGUCGUCGUCAAACGUCUCUCUUUCUUUCUAUUUAUCUUUCUUUUUUCUUUUUCUCUUUCUCUCUCUCUCUCUCUCUCUCUCUAUUUUUUGCAUCUUCGUUCAUCGUGGGAACGAGGGGAGGAGAGAAAAAGACAGAUAGAUAAAUAGAUAAAUAGAUAGGAAGGAGAACGUGUUUCUGCGAGUGUUAAGCUUCUAUUACUGUGUUUCACCGAUUGUUAUUGUGUUGUGUUGUUAUUAUUGUUCGUUCAUAAAAAUUGAAAGAAGAAUAAAAAGAAAUAAAGAAGAGAGAUAAUAUCGAAGGGAUAUAUGGGCGGUCGACGGUGCCGCGAGGAGGACAGUAUGCAGAGCGUUGCUACGAGAGGGCCGACUCACCUGGUCGCCCUGUACGUGGCGACCGCCGGCCUUCAGAACAACUCGCUUGGCUCCGACGAGGGCCAAAUCACGUUACUGGUUUACGUACUUCUCGAUGUACUCCAGAACAAGGUAUUGGGUAGAGAACAAUACAUAGUUUGUCCAAAGAUAAUGGACGAUGGUUGUACACCGGGAAAUGGUAGUGACAAUUCACCGGUCGCCGGAAGUAACGCAAUCAUUAGCGAGUUGGCAUUAGCACAUGCUCCAGCCUUGACCGAGCGUACCCUUCGAGAACACGGGAUUCCUUUGGAACAAGCUAUAGAACAGUUCGAAGGAUGGUGGUCGUCCAUGUCCUGCGUGACCGGGGGAGGCGAACCUCGUUUCAUCGUUGACGGACAGGCACCGAUGAGACAAUGUUUGCAUCCUGAAGCCUGCAAAAAGGAUAUCGAAUUGCCAAGUCAUUACAAUGUCUUUCACGAUCUUCGUAAGGAAUUCGUUGGCUGUUACUCAUCGCACGGCGAAUUGGCAACACUUGGCAUACAAGAAAUGAUCCAAUACUUUGGGUUACAACCUGAUACGGACAACGAUUUUCACGUAAAAGAAAUACAAGAUAUGAUUAGCGUGAUACAAAGGAUGAUCAAAGAUGGUCACGUCUUCCAAACACCAGAGGUAGUAAAUAUAGUUUUAGAACCAGGAAUAUGUUCCAAGGACGAAGAAGUAGACAAUGACUGCGUAGUUAGAGCUAGAGGUCUUCCUUGGCAAUCAUCGGAUCAAGAUAUUGCCAAAUUUUUCCGCGGUCUGAAUGUGGCAAAGGGUGGCGUAGCACUUUGUUUGAGUCAUAUGGGCAGGCGUAACGGAGAAGCUUUAGUACGUUUUGUUAAUAAAGAACACAGAGAUAUGGCACUGAAAAGGCAUAAACAUCAUAUGGGGACACGGUACAUAGAAGUUUAUAAAGCUUCCGGAGAAGAUUUUGUUGGGGUUGCUGGUGGUACUACUAGUGAAGCGCAUGCUUUCCUUUCAAGAGGGGCUCAAGUUAUCGUUAGAAUGAGAGGAUUACCUUAUGACUGCGUUGCUAAGCAAGUGAUUGACUUUUUCUUAUCGGGACAAAAAUCUUGUCACGUAUUGGAUGGAGAAGAUGGCGUACUAUUUGUAAAAAAGCCAGAUGGUCGAGCGACCGGAGACGCGUUCGUCCUUUUCGCUCAAGAGGAAGAUGCUGUGAAAGCAUUGAGUAAGCACAGAGACUGCAUUGGCAGUAGGUAUAUUGAACUAUUUAGGAGUACAACGGCGGAAGUACAACAGGUCCUGAAUAGGGCAACCGAUCCAAAGCCGUUCGUUCUUCAAGUACCAUCAAUACAACCACUGCAAUUUCCUCCAUUACUUCCUCAACAUAUAAUUACAUCCGGCACGCGUAAGGAUUGCGUGAGGCUACGUGGGCUCCCCUACGAGGCACUUGUAGAGCAUAUAUUAGAAUUCAUGGGAGAACACUCGAAAAACAUUAUCUACCAAGGUGUUCAUAUGGUGUACAAUGCACAGGGUCAACCGUCCGGAGAAGCGUUCAUACAAAUGGACAGUGAAAGUUCGGCGCAUGCGUGCGCGACUCAGCGGCACCACCGAUUCAUGGUAUUCGGAAAGAAACAACGUUACAUCGAAGUCUUCCAGUGUAGCGGGGAAGAUAUGAAUCUGGUAUUGACAAGUGCUCCGCCGUCAACGAAGGCUCUACUAUCACCCGGUACGUUGAGCACUCAAUCACCCGCAUCUCUGACACAUUCGGGUCCGGCGACGCCGGUACCGAUGCCGGUACCGACGGCGCAGCCUCCCCUCUGGGACAUACAGGCGCUCGUACAGGCACAGGCCCAAGCACAGGCAGCGCAAGUUCAAGCUCAUGCUCAGGCGCAGGCGCAGGCCCAGGCCAUCAGGACUCAGGACUUUUGGCUGAUGGCCUUGGCAUCUAACGCAUCCCCCACCUCGACGACUCCAGCCUCGCCUACCUCCUCGGCGACUAGAGGCACAAUAUUGCCAACGCCGCCGCCACCGCCGCCGCCAUCAUUCGUAACAAGUGCAAUCUUCUCUCCAACGACCGCGAUGCUACCACGAGGACCACCUCAAUUCGCUGGCCCAUAUCCACCACCACCAAUCUUUUAUUGGCCCUAUCCCUCACCUCCCGUUAGUCCAACUAAUUAUUAUAAUCCGGCGAGCGUCGGUGGCAUCGCGCCGAUACCUCAACAAGCGACACUGUUGGCACCUACUGAAUGCUUACAAUUGGGACCAGGAACCGCGGCAGUGACUACGGCAACGUCACCAUCCGCGGAACCUCGUCUCGAUGCAACUCUGACACGCGUGGAGGCAGAAAAACGUAUUGCCUUGCCGGGCCAUCAUCACCAACCAGAAUGCACUCCCUUCGUCGAGGUUUUUAUGGUUUAACCAUGAGCCGAAACUUUAGCAAACUCCUUUUUUGGCCUUCUGUUCGUUCCAACAGACACACUGUCUUUUUCCUUAUCGAUUUGAAGGAAUUUACAUGCGUAUGCCUAUAUGCAGUCAAACUUGCACGCGCAUCCCUCCCCCCCAAGUUUUUUCCUCUUCGUCCUUUUAAUUACCCAUAAAGGGUCUACUUCGAAGCGCACGACACAUGUCAUUCGGGCAUUACUUUUUCUUUUUUUCUAGUCCAGAGAGACAGAAACGAGCGAUAGUAAGACAUAGCGCAGACUUCAUUUCUUUUUUUCUUCUUAUCUUUUUGUUUCUUUCCCCCCUUUGAGUUCGUAAGAUCGAAUAGGCGUAUCCUCUAUAAAUUUCUUUUAGAUUCCAAUCGUUAUAAAAUAAUUGUUAUGUCGUUAAAAAAAGAUAUAUAUAUAUAUA